AUGAAUUCGAUCAACGACUUGUUACCCCGGCCAAAGCGGGCGGUUAAAAGUAACGUAUCGGUAGCAGUUGCGACUGCUGGGGCACUGAAGAACCCCGAAACCCAAAUUGUUGUUCCUGCAGCAAAUAAACUGGUAGUUGUACGACCCGAGAGCGGUCUGGCACGUCCACCAACCGAAGUGGUGAACGAAACGAGAGAUCGGACUCAGGCGGCAAUAGAUGCGAUUCUCGAUAAAAAACUAGGAACAAAGACCAAAGAAAAAUCAGGCCCAUCGAUUGUUAAAUACACCCCAGCGGCGCACGUCAAUGAAUCUGCACGAGAACGCACUCUGAAAAUUGUCGACGUUCAGUACGAUCCUUUGGAACCAGCUCGCCAUAAACACGUUAAAGCCCCGGCCCGGCCUCCAUCUCCGCCUGCUCCAGUGCUUAAAGCAGCCCCGCCCAAAUUAACUGCCGAGGAACAAAGACAGUGGUAUAUUCCGCCAAGUGUUUCGGGGUGGAAGAACAAUAAGGGCUUUGUUAUUGAUGUGGAAAAACGGGUUGCAGCCGACGGAAGGUUUGAUGAAUCUGCAGUUCAAGCAGGUGAUCGCCAAGCACAACUGGCUGAAGCUUUAUACGAGGCAGAAAGCAAGGCUCGUCAAGAAGUAAACGAACGAAAUGAAGCCGCACAGCAGCGGCAAUUAAAGGCCCAAGAAGCUAAGGAGCUACGACUGAAACUAUUAGCCCAGAAAGCUCGCAAGAGACCCCUUGAUGAUGGUGAAAGUGAACGCGAAAAAGAUCGAUCUUCCCGGUUGAAAAAGGCUUUGAAAGAGCGCGACAUUUCAGAGGCAGCAGCUCUUGGCCAUAAGCCAGCACUCACUGGCGACGCCCAGUUCGAUUCUCGGCUGUUUGGAAAGUCCACCGGAAGCAAAGGUUUGUACGACGAGCCUCUGUUUGCCGCUGAGCAAGCAGCUCGCCAGAUUUACCGACCGAAACUGGACGAAAAAUCCGCAGGCCCUGUGGAAUUCGAACGGAUCGAGGAUAAGUACGAAUAA